UAGCGAUCGUCAUGACGACGGAGGACGCCGCACGGGCGAGGCGGCAGCAUGGCUACCUACAGACCCGGGGUGCUCAUCGGCAACUGGAACGAGGACUCCUGUUUGGGGGAGGACCUCUUGAGGGAUUUUCUGCAUAAAAGAGAACGAGGAGAACUUCUAACACAGAGAAUAAACAGACUUCAAGAUAACCUUUUAAGGAAGAUACACCUGUCGGUGUCUAAGGAUGGAUUUGUUCAUUUUGGAGAUACAGUGAUGCUUUUGAAUAGUGACGACAAACCCUCAGUGGAGAAUCCCUGCGGCGUGUGCGGCACUCUGACCUUGGCAAUUAAUCUGGAUGAACUGUCCAUAUUUUCACCUCUACCAUUGCAAACCCUUCAUGGAGUUAGUGCAAUCAAGAGUGUGGCCCCCGUGGGUAGAAAUACUUUCUGUAUUUUAAGUGUAGAUGGAAGUGCACUGGGUGAACCAAUUAAAUAUGGGCAAGCCUUUGGUCUUGGGACAACAGGAGGGUUUUCUAGCCAAAUGAUGUAUCUAGCAAGUGACCAUAAAUCAUUUGUAAGAUUUGCUAAAAAAUCUUACCUUCAGCCAGUAUUUUUGACAGAUGAGCUUUCCUAUUUGACCCACUGGCAAGCUGCCUUCUUGGAUCCACAGCUGCGUCUUGAACAUGAAGGGUUUCCAGUUCCUGCAAACUCCAAAAUUAUUAUUACCCAUUGCCAAACUAAUCGCAGCUUGGCUGUUCCAAGGAACUUUUGGACAAGGUCUUAUUUUGGAAGAGAGUAUGAAGUAAUUUGUCACACUUUUCUGGACACCCAUAAAGCUGAAGAAGAUAAGAAUUACUGGGAAAUAAUUACAGGAGAUCCCACUGAUGAGGAUAGUACAAUGAUUGAUAGGCGCAACCGUCCACCAGGGUGGAUCAGAAAGAAUGAGUCUUGUGAAGAGACAGAAUAAAAAAAACCUAGCCUACA